AUGGGCCAGGAUCCUGACCACAAGGCGCCUUUGUCUUGGAGAGCAUGGGCUAUUGUUGCGAUUUGCGCCCUAGCUACAUUUCAGAAUACAUACUACGGUAUUGCACCUGCCGCGAACCAAUAUGCCAUUGCUGGAGCUUUAGGGGGUACAGCAAGUGAAAGAAUCUGGAUCGUUCAAGCUGCUGCCGUUCCUGCCAUCGCCUUUGGCCCAAUCUUCGCCAUCAUUUCGGAUGUGUACGGCCGCAGAUACCUCAUCCUCAUCGUUUGGUGCCUCUUUGCCGUUGGCUCUAUCGUAUCCAUGACUGCUAGCGGUAUGACUGCUGUUAUUGCUGGUCAAGCACUCUCCGGUAUUGCAUCUGGUAUAUCCGGUAUCAUGUUUGCUGUUGCAUCCGAAGUCAUUCCAGGGGCUUACCGUGCUUACGGUCAAACUAUCGUCAGUUGGGUCUCUGGACUUUCAUCUCUUGUUGCCCUUCUCCCCAUCGGUGCUGCGACUGCUGCGGACCCUGUCAAUGGUUGGAGAUGGGUUUUCCGCAUCAAGUUCAUCCUUGAAUGUCUCGUCAUCAUCGGCAUUGCAGCACUUUACUUCCCCCCGCCACGUACUGCUGCCAGCAAACAGUCUCUCGGUCAGAAACUCAAAGCUCUCGACUGGAUCGGUUACAUUCUCCUCUUGGGAGCUCUUGUCCCUUUCUUGAUGGGCUUUGCUUGGAGCAGUGACUCCAACUAUGGCUGGGCCAGCAAGACUCAUACCGUUGUUCCUGUGGUUGUUGGUGGAGUCCUCUUCAUUGUCUGCCUGAUCUAUGAAUGGAAGGGUACCAAGACUGGUUUCUUGGACCAUCGUCUGUUCCAGAACGGACGCAAUUUCCCUCUGUGCAUGGUUCUCAUCGCUGUCGAGGGCUCGCUCUUUUAUUUGAUGAACAACAUCUACCCAUCCCAAGUAAAUGGCCUCUGGGAGCAGCCUGGAACCAUCAAGGCCAACGCCUACCUUCUUCCCUUCUUCAUGGUCAUCACUGUUGUUUCGCCCUUCCUAUCCAUCUAUGUUACCAACUUCAGAGACGUUAAGUGGCCCAUCUUUGUCGGUUUCAUCUCUUUCAGUGCUUCUGUUAUCGGUCUUGCUCUUGCAGGUACAGAUGGAAAGCUUGGUCUCACAUUCAAUGGUAUUGGUGGUUUGGGCUUUGCUCCUGUUCUGAUCUUGAUCAUGGUCUGGGUUCAGAACUCUACUCCUCCACUCUUCAUUGGUACCGCCUCAGCUCUUACCAUCUCCUCUCGCACGCUCGGUGGUACCGUCGGCUUGGGCAUUGCAAAUGCAAUUUACGGCUCUCUCACAAACACUCAAAUCCCCGAGGCUAUUAUCGCUGCCGUAGCUCCCCUAGGCUUCAAUCCUGCUCACAUUGGUCAGCUCAUUGGCUUCUACAUGUCUGGUCAAGGUCUUGACAAGAUCCCUGGGAUCAACGGACAAAUUCUUGGUGCUGGUCUGGCCGCGCUUCACAAGACAGAGGCUCAUGCUUACAAGAUUGUCUGGUUAUCUUUCCUUCCAGGCUGUGUAGUUGCUGCUGUCGUCUGCCUCUUUAUGCGCAAUUCGAGCGAAAGAAUGAAUUGGGUCGUCGAUGCACCUCUCGAGACAAAGUCUGAUGUACUUUCUGCCAAGGAACGGGCAUUGGAGGCAGACCAUGCAUCAGUGCACAUUCCUACCUUGAAUGAUAAUAUCGAGGUAGAGUUGGUCGAGCGUAGAUAG